AUUUUCAACCUCACGAGAACAUUGAAUGUCAUAUUCCAGCAUUGAAUUAUAUAUAAAAAACCAUUCAUCCCUCCUCUUUUAAGACUAACGUUACUAACAUCUAUACUAAAGAGGUUCUUGCUAUGCAAGGACUACUAGGUACUCUGUACACGUUUUAUCACAAUGAUACAAAUCCUAUGAACAACAACCCGUUUACUUCAAAAUGGCUUCUGAACAUCACAUAAACGUACUGCCUCUGGAGUCAUUCAACCUGACUGCCGUUCCAGCAAGUACACACAAUAUUUCGUGGUCUCCCGACGCUGAGCUGGCUCUCGGUUGCGAUGACUGCGUCAUCUUAUUCAUUCCCGAGUUCUCCAUUCCCCAGGCCGGAGAUGGUUUGGAUUAUGGAGUGGUGAGGCAGUAUAAUGAGGCUGCCCUUCGCUUUCCGAGCGUGGAACAUAGGGACCCCAAACUAAAUCGACCGUUGUUUGACCUUGUUGGACAAGAGUUUCCGCGGUACGAUUAUGUUCCGGGAGGUGGUGGUUCAGGUACAGUUGCGGGCCAGGGUAGCUCCAUGAACCAUGUGGUGGCGUUGGAGUGGUCUCCCUGUGGGCUAAGUCGUAUGAAUCGAUCUGUCCUUGCUGUCCUCUCUGGCUCUGGGGCCAUCGUCGUCUACUGUGAAGGUGCUUCCGAUGGGAUGAGCCAUUAUAACCAUCAUGGGCACAGCACUAGGUCUUUAAGACCGUGGCUGGCUGCUUGGGGCGUAGGCGCAGGCUUACUGUUGCCAAUCGCCCACGGAAAUAAGGCCGAGUACAUGAAGGAGUAUAUAACAUCCUUCGCAUGGGCCAAAGACACCGACGGUUAUGGCGCACUUCUUGCGUAUGCCAACGAUGACGAUGAGAUCGCUAUCGUCUCGGUUCAAUCCCAACAUGAUUCUAAUGCGACUCCUGGCGAUGGUGGUAAAUGGAGGGUUGAAGAGGUUGCAAGAUUCGUUGCCGAAGGACCUCAUCCAGAAUCUGAUCCGACUGAUCCGGACUAUUCACCAUCCGGCUCAUCGUUCUCACUGAGUUGGAGUCCAUGGUUAAAAAAGGGCGAUUCAAAGAUUAGCAUGAUAUCCUACAUCACAAAGGACUAUGUCGGGUUUAGGAAAAUCACUAUAAAGGGGCCACAUAGCGAUAUGCAGGCUCCGGAAGUGAUUGCCAGUCAUGUUGAUAUAAAUGGCGUCUGCCUUUACCUAGCCCCGGACGCAUUCGUGGUUUGGGAAGACCUCAUAUGGACGAUUGGGACUUCAAAGGUUUGCCGCGGUAUGAUCGCCACGCCCACUAAAGUACAGGCGUUUCAAGUCCCCCUCGACGGGCCUUGCUUCAAAAUCGGCAAGCACCAUACUGAUGAAUGUGGCACUACGUACCCGCCACCGGAAAACAACAGCGUAGCCCAAAAUCCCAUUACCGGACUCAUUAUUCAUCCUCCAUCAUUAUCACAGACAACACCAUCGCCCUCGUACUCCCUCGUACGACUUUCCGCGUCUCACGAGAACGAUGGUUGGUAUCAAACCAACCUUCCCCUGCCUCCAAACCCCGAAGAUGGUAGUCUUGGACCGCGGUGGGCUACCGAAAUCAACCAGAUAGUCCAGCUCCAUCUUCCGCGAGCUCUCGCAUAUCGGCACGUCUUAGAUGGCGCCAGUGUGGAGUCGGAAGGCGGCUUGGACUACGACGAUGAUAUGGAUCUUGAGUCCCCAGGGGAAACCGAUUCGGAUCUCGAGGAUGGCUUUGCCGGCAUAGAUACGGAGGACCAGGUGCAUGUCAACAGAAUCCGCAUCUGGGGAAUGGCAUCGAGCCCGGGGGGUGGCGUCACCGCUGUCUUCGUCAGCCAGCAUAACACAGUCUCGUACGGGCGAGACACGUACGCAGGGGUGAAGUGCCGGGUACUGUUUGGAAGAUACGAUCGUGGCGCAGACCAGAACGAAACAACACAUACUGCUCUAGCCAUGAAGAAACUCAGCACCGAGGCGAGGGCGUGGGAGUGGAUGUAUGGUGGAGGUCCCCCUGUUCCAGGCGUUAGUAUCCUGGAAGAGCAGGACAAUAAGCAGCAGAUCGCGUUAAAGGCUCGGUUUGCAUUGGUCGGCCGCAAGCAGCAGUGCUCCUUCUGCAACCUAUCCCUCGAGCCUAUCGGCAAGGCGUCGCGUUGUGGCAAAGGACAUUUGUUUGCUACAUGUGCUACCACUGGCCUUCCUAUAUUAACCCCUGGGUUGUCGAGGACCUGUGGCGUGUGCGGCUCCAAGUGCCUUAAGCGAGAGGAUAUCGUCGUUAUGGCGCCGGAGCUUAGGGAUACCAUCAUGGGCGAGAUCUCGGCUGAGCUUUGUGGAGGAUGUGGUGGAAAGUUUAUUAACUAAUGCAAACACCACUUGGGAAAUUAGCUGUCUGUCUAGAACACAUAGGUAAUUACCUUGGAUGGGCAUCGCAGCCCGACGCAAUCCUCCAACUUGGCACCUCGUAAAUCUGCUCCCCUAUGUAUAUUCUCUGACCGCUGGAUGCAUCGUAGCUCAGGGCAGGCAUUAGGCAUAGCAAAGAGACAUAAGAAAACUUAGAUGAAGCAUAACUCACAGCCACCUGCCAAUGGCCUACCAAAAUACACCUUCAUAGGCUAUGAUCCCGUAUAUGCGGACAUCCCAGGGCCAUAGGUAUUUAACGAUACAACGUUGUUUCUCUUACAAGAUGAGAUCUAUCACGAAGCUGACAGGAUGCUAAUUUCGAUGGACAAACGACUCACGCGCAUGGCUGGCGCCAU